CAAAUACGGAAUCACGAGAUCCGCCAUCUUUCCUAAAGUCUUCUUCCGGAUUUCUAAUAUAAUUUAAUAUUCCCUUACCAGGUCGCAAAGAUGGCAGCGACAGGGCCGUACAAUUAUUCCUAUAUAUUCAAGUAUAUUAUUAUAGGUGAUAUGGGUGUUGGUAAGUCAUGUCUCCUUCACCAAUUCACAGAAAAGAAAUUCAUGGCAGACUGCCCUCACACAAUUGGUGUAGAGUUUGGCACAAGAAUAAUAGAGGUAGCUGGACAAAAGAUCAAGCUUCAGAUAUGGGAUACGGCAGGACAAGAACGAUUCAGGGCUGUAACUAGAAGCUACUACAGAGGGGCAGCCGGCGCUCUUAUGGUAUAUGACAUUACAAGGAGAAGUACAUACAACCAUCUGAGUAGCUGGCUGACAGAUGCUAGAAAUCUAACCAACCCUAAUACAGUAAUAUUUCUAAUUGGUAACAAAUCAGAUUUGGACGCACAGAGAGAUGUUACUUAUGAGGAAGCAAAACAGUUUGCUGAAGAAAAUGGUCUGUUAUUUUGUGAAGCUAGUGCAAAAACAGGUGAAAAUGUUGAAGAUGCUUUCUUAGAAACUGCAAAAAAGAUUUACCAAAAUAUU